UAAGCUUUGUGUUGAGAGCUCUUUCCCUCUCUCUCUCUCUCCCCCUCCCUCUGGCGUUUUCUCUUUUCCUUUUUCCUUUUUUUCUUCAUUCUUCAAAGAUUCCAUCCAUUUCUGGUCCCCCCACCUCUUCCUCAAUCAUCUCCUUUUAACCUUACUUUGUUUUUCUUGGAGAGGACUUGGUAAUAUGAUAAUAUUCUGCUUUUUGUAAUUUUCUCUAGAUCAAUUAAAAAUUAUCAUAUCAUUUUGGGCUAAAGCAAAACAAGGAGGAGGGAGAAGAAAGAGGAGGAGGGCAUUGGUAGGAAGGAGUUUUAGUCUCUCUUUUCUUAGACUGGAAAAGUGGUUCAUCGCCAUUUUGGUUGAAUUGUACAGAAAGAGAUAAAAAGAAAUAAGAUUUGAUUAAGGGUUCGUGUGUUUGGGUCUGGGGUCUAGGUCAGGUUCAGGUUGGUGGUGGAGGUGGUGGUGGGUCAUGUUCAUAUCAUCAUCUUAGCCUUGACUCCAUAAUCAAUCAGGAAUUUGGCUAUAGCCAACACCUUGACAGGAACCUGUCCAGAACUUGAGACUAAAUUUUGAGAGCAUGGCUGGGAUUGAUGAUAAUGUUGCUAUUAUUGGGGAUUGGGUGCCUCCUAGUCCGAGCCCAAGAGCAUUUUUCUCAGCAAUUGUAGGUGAUGAUAUCAGCUCAAAAACAAUUCCAGAACCUUCUCGGGAGAUUAGAACUGAAGGGCUCUUUCUGGGAUCACUAGAGAACAUGACAACUGGAAAUACAGACAAAAAGGAUGCUAAACAAACUGGUGGUGCAGAAUUUAGAGAACUAGCUCCAUUUUCUGAGCAGAAAUUGAGUUCACGAGGAGGUCUGGUAGAAAGAAUGGCAGCCAGAGCAGGGUUUAAUGCUCCAAGGUUGAAUACAGAAAGUAUUAGAUCUGCUGACCUUUCACCAAACCCUGAGAUUCGUUCUCCUUAUUUAACAAUACCACCUGGUCUGAGCCCAACAACUUUGUUAGAUUCGCCAGUGUUCCUUUCAAAUUCGUGGGCCCAACCAUCUCCAACAACUGGAAAAUUCUCUUUUAUCACAAAUGUCAACAAUAAGAACUCCACAGGGAUUUCUGAACCUGUUGAUAGAAGUAAAGAAAAUUUCUUUGAAGACAUCAAUGCAUCUUCAUUUGCAUUCAAGCCUGUUCCAGACUCAGGAUCAUCUUUUUUCCUUGGUGCAACAAGCAAACAAUCCUUUCCCAGUAUUGAGGUUUCAGUUCAGUCUGAAAAUUCUCUCCAGUCUCAUGGUGUAGAACAUAUAAAAGUCCAGUCCCAGAAUAGGAACACUCUCCCUUUUACGGUGGAUUUCUCAAGAUCAGCAACUGAAAAGGACAAUGGAAGUAACUCUGUGAUAACUGAUAGAAGGGUCCUUGAUACCAUUGGUGGCGGUGCUGAACAUUCCCCACCACUUGAUGAGCAACAAGAUGAAGGAGACCAAAUAGCCAGUGGAGAUUCUGUGGCUGCCUGUGGCACGCCAUCUGAAGAUGGAUAUAACUGGAGAAAAUAUGGACAGAAACAAGUAAAGGGUAGCGAGUAUCCACGGAGUUAUUACAAAUGCACACAUCCAAAUUGCCCGGUUAAGAAAAAAGUGGAACGCUCACAUGAGGGCCAUAUAACAGAGAUCAUAUACAAGGGGGCUCACAACCAUCCUAAACCUCCACCCAAUCGGCGGGCAGCUAUUGGAUCAUCAAAUCCUGUAAUGGAUAUGCAACUAGAUACCCCUGAGCAAACUGGACUACAGAGUGGUAUUGAUAAUGAUCCUGUUUGGGCAAGUACACAAAAGGGAAUUGCUGCUGGAGCUCCUGAUUGGAGGAAUGACAAUGUUGAGGUGACAUCUUCAGCUUCUGUGGUCCCUGAAUUUGGCAAUCCAUCUUCCUCAGUGCAGGUUCAGAACGGCAAUCACUUUGAAUCAGGUGAUGCUGUUGAUGCCUCAUCUACCUUUUCUAAUGAUGAAGAUGAUGAUCGGGCUACACAUGGAAGUGUGGGUUGUGAUGGUGAAGGAGAUGAAUCUGAGUCAAAGAGAAGGAAAAUUGAAACUUACCCAACUGACAUGGGAGGAGCUACCAGAGCUAUUAGAGAGCCUAGAGUUGUUGUCCAGACUACCAGUGAAGUGGAUAUCCUUGAUGAUGGAUAUCGCUGGCGCAAAUACGGGCAGAAAGUCGUGAAAGGAAAUCCGAAUCCCAGGAGUUAUUACAAGUGUACUAAUGCAGGCUGCACAGUGAGGAAGCAUGUCGAAAGGGCAUCACAUGAUCUCAAGUCAGUGAUCACCACAUACGAGGGGAAGCACAAUCAUGAUGUUCCUGCUGCUCGUAAUAGCAGCCAUGUCAACUCAGGGUCCUCUAGUACGGGACCUGCACAAGCUGGUUCAGCUGUUCAAACCCACGUUCAUAGACCUGAACCAUCACAAGUUCACAACAUGUCUAGGUUUGAAAGAUCUGCUGCAUAUGGAUCCUUCAGCUUCCCAGGAAGGCAGCAGCUGGGGCCUACCCCAAGCUUCUCUUUUGGUAUGAAUCAACCAGGCUUGGCGAAUCUGGCAAUGGCUGGAUUGUGUCCUGGCCCACCUAAGAUGCCUGUUAUGGCUGUGAACCCCUAUUUAGCACAGCAAUGUCCCAUGAAUGAAAUGGGGUUCAUGUUGCCCAAAGGAGAACCUAAGGUGGAGCCUUUGUCAGAACCAAGUUUGAAUCUUUCCAACAAUCCAUCAGUUUAUCAGCAAAUCAUGAGUAGGCUGCCGCUGGGACCGCAUAUGUAAAUUUUUUUUUUCUUCUUUUCCUUGUCUUCCUCUUCAAAAGAAAAUUUAUUUAUUGUUAUUAUUGAUCUUACUUUUGUUUCAAGGAAAAUAGAAAUACUUGCUUCUUUAUAUAUAGAUUGACAUUUCAUUA